UAUACGUGACACGCGUGACCGUGUCACCUCACUUUCAUGCCGGAUCAUCCACGACGCGACAGAAGCCGGGAGCGCGACGAGCGACGAGAACGUGAUAGAGAAAGAGAAAGAGAGAGAGAUAGGGACAGGGACAGGGACAGGGAAAGGCGGCCUCCGGACGAGCCAGGCCGAACUAUCGUGAUGAACCCCGACGCCGCUCAAGUCGUUCGCGCAGUCCACGAAGACGCGAUGAACAGGACAACCGCGGAUCAGACCGCAGAGAAACGCGAUAUGACGAUAGAAGAGAUGGUGCCAGUCGCAGAAAGGACGCGCGCGACUAUGAUGAUCGUUCUCAUUCCAGAAGAGAAACCGAAUCGCGCCAUCCUCGGCCACGGAGCCCUGGCGCCCUUCGAGACUCGGAACGAGCUGCUCCUGCACCCGCUCAUCCUUGUGUCUCCUCCGUCCAAACGUCCCAACCUCGACCCGGACGCUCCUGACGAUCCUAUGCUUGACGGGGAAGAGGGCGAAGAGAUGGAUGAUGAUGCAGGGAUGAUGGCCAUGAUGGGUAUGGCUGGGUUUGGAUCCACUAAGGGAAAACACAUCGAAGGCAACCAAGAGGGCGCUGUGAAUAUCAAAAAACAGAGAACAUGGCGCCAAUACAUGAACCGUCGUGGAGGUUUCAACAGGCCACUGGAUAAGAUCAAGUGAGAAUGAGAAAGCUGUCCGUAGUAUUCAGAGACUGGACAUGUUGGAC